UAAAUAAGGCCCUUGGAGAAUUUUGCCUACGUUCCUCCUUAACUACCACGCCACGGGCGGGGCUGUUGUCUGGGGUGGGACUAGGCAAAUAUUACCCUAUGGGGUAGGGUAACCGGACCGGGCCGCGAGUCGAGGAUAGGUUAUCUCUGUAGGGGCGUGGCUUGUGGGUCCUCGCUUUCCCGCCGACGGUUGGCCACGUCACGUGACAUGGGCUGGAAGAUGGCGUCUCCCACGGACGGGACAGAUUUGGAAGCAUCUUUGCUAAGUUUUGAGAAACUUGACCGAGCCUCGCCAGAUCUUUGGCCGGAACAAUUACCAGGAGUUGCUGAAUUUGCAGCUUCUUUCAAAAGUCCCAUCACUAGCUCUCCACCAAAAUGGAUGGCUGAAAUAGAACGUGAUGACAUCGAUAUGUUGAAAGAGCUGGGGAGCCUCACCACAGCUAAUUUGAUGGAGAAGGUACGAGGCCUCCAGAACCUGGCCUAUCAGCUGGGGCUGGAUGAGUUUUACAGAGGAAAGAGCUGAGGCAAAGAGAAGCUACAUGAUUUAUCUGCAAACACCAUCUACCAGAGAGAUGACUAGGGGGAAAUUCCUGAACAUCCUAGAGAAACCCAAGAAGUAGCGGCCGCUCCAGCACAAGUGUCCUGAAGACCACAACCAAGUUCCCUUCCCAGUGUCGCUCUGAUGACGCACACAGCGUGCUUCCUGGGGAAAGACUGCCCUUCUCCCCUGCUCCCGGCACUCUGCACCUCUGAGGACAUUUGGCAGCAAGAGAAGAAUCUGUUCUACCCAAGAAUCAUUGCCAUUUCCUGAGUCGGCUCCGUAGCUCUGGGUAUUGGUGACGUAGAGGUCUCAUCAUUCCGAAAGUCCUUCCCAAAAGUGAUUGAGGAGUCUCAGAACUCCUUCGGUUCUGUAAUGGCAAGGUCAGUAGUGACAUGUCGAUUAGUGGGUUCUGUUGAGUAGUACUUGACCUCUUAAGAAGCAUUCAUGACGGGGACAUCAGAGACCAACUACAUUCUGGACCAGACUGCAUCCUGACCUGUGAACUCUACAGAUCUAACGGAUUCUGUGACUUCCAUUCUGAAGGAAACAGUCGUCUUGAAGUGUACAUCUGCUUUUUUACGUCUGUACCUCCAAUGGCACUCUCGCCCUUAGCACUAUCCAUUCCCCCGCUCCCAGGCCCACUUUGCAGAUCUGACUCUGGACAAGUGGAGCUCUUGUAGUGACUUUCUAGAAUAAAAGGCUCAUGCUGGGUCACCCUGAGUUCUAGACCUCCAGACUAGUGUGAAGGUAACGGAAGGAACUCUGGUUAGUCUCUUACAUUUGUAAGUGAAAAAGUGAGUGUGAC